AUGGUCAAAGCAGACGAUGAAAAGGUGGGGAAGAGGGCCUCGCGAGGCACUUCACGGAAUGGUCCAUCAAGAGGUAGAAAGAAGAAAUGUGCGGAGGUUAUUCCUCAGGAAGAGGAAUUGCCUGAUCAUCAAGGUGAAAAUGAUCAAGCCACGCAGAGGAACAUUAUCAUUAUAGGGGAUGAGAAUCUCACCUUUUCCAAGUUAGUAAUUGAUGCCUAUCCGUCCGCCCACAUUUACAUAGCGAGCACCUCCACCGAGCUAGAAAUGGAUCGCCUGCUCCGCGACCUGGAAAAACGCAAGAGGAGGAAACUGCUGAACGAAGCCAUGCAACAGGAGGAAGGCAUGCAGAUGGAAGAAGAUAUCCCUAUUGAGAAGACACCCUUUUACUACACCAGAAAGUUCUUGAAGGAGCAUGCGGAGCAGGGGGUCUCCGUUAUCUUCAGUGCCAAUUUGUUUUACUUGGGUCGUCAUUUCCCGAACUGUUUCUUCGAUACUGUGUAUCUGGUUCUACCAGGCCUCUGCUACAAUAUACAGGAGACUGGACUCAAGUACAACGACAAGGUGACUGCCCUCCGGAUAUAUUAUUUUCUCAUUUGCGUUCUUAUAGAAGUUAUUCAAGUUAGCCAGAAGAAUGCCGAGAUACAUUUGUUUUGGACGACGGAGAAAUUAAGGAAGUUCACUGAGGAUGAGGAGCCCACCGACUUGGCGGAGAAGGAAGAAGGAGAAGAAAAGAAGAUGGAUGAUGAGAGGGAAACAAAGCGAGAGAGCAUUCAUGAGACAUUAAAUAGUUUGAAGAAUCUCAUGUGCAGUGGAAAGGGGGAGGAAGCUGUCGCUCAAGAGGGAGAAGGCCUUCAUGGGGAAGAGAACGUAGAGGCUGCGGAUGAUGCGAACUGUGACACCGUAGCAGAACCGAAUGGAGAAACAGUUGUGGAGCCGAAUGACGAUGUUGUUGAAGAAGGCGUUGAGGCACAAUCCGAUGCAGAGCGAGAGAAGGAGAACGAGGGGGAUGGUGAAAGCACCGAAAAUAAGGAGAAACCCGCAGAGGAGGUCACAGAGGAGGUCGCAGAGGAAGUAACUGAAGGAGGGGGAGACGUGUGCAUCAAGCUAUCUAGCUAUGCGAACAUGUACACAGAGGAGGAGGAGCCCGAGAAAGACAGUGCGGACAACGCGGAGAAUGCGGAGAAUGCGCGGGAGGAGAACGCAGGGGCGGAUAACAAUGACAACCACAACAAUGACGACGACAACAACGAUAAUGACAACAACGAUAACGAUAACGAUGAUGACGAUGACGAUGAUGAUGGUAGUGAUGACGACGAUAGAGACGAUGAUGACAUGGCUCGCUUCUCCCACCUCUUCGACGGAGAGGGAAAGAAUAAAAAUAAAAAUGACAAUCUCAUCACAGAAAAGAAAGAGGAAUUUGGCACUUCCCCAAUAGUAACUUACGUGGUGCACUCCACGGACGGAGAAGAAGAAAAGAAAAAAAAAAUAAGCCAAAUGAAUAUCGCAAAAUUCCCACUCCUUUACCAUGUAGACAUUGAAAAACUCAUGAAGUUAUUUUCCUUCGAUGAUCAGAACGAGCAGGAAGGAGAACAACAAGAGGAACAACAAGAGGAACAGCAAGAGGAGCAACAGGAGGAAAAAGAAAAAGAGGAAGAGGAAAAGAAAAAGAGGAAGAGAAGAAAGAAGAAGGAAGAGGAGGAGGAAGAACAGAAGAAGGAGCAAAAGCAGUCGGAGAAGCACAAGGAGAAAAAAGCAAAAGUCGAUAUAGAAGCACUUGUCGACAAGUACGUGCCAGUCAUCUAUGGUAACCAUUUUACAUACAAUGAGUUUUUAAAGAAGUGUGCAUUUUAUUCUUUCGUUUUGAAAAAGAAAAAGAUUAUCAUCCCUGAAGAGAUGGCACUGGUAUUGGAGCCAAAUUUCAGUCGUGAAUUCUCUGUGGAGAGUUACUCCUUUUUGAGAAAAAAAUAUUUUCAAGAGUUUCAUGAAAAAAUUAAGUUGUACACCACGAUAAAGGAUCAACUGAUGCACAUCAGCCAUAUGCGUUACAGGCUGUACGUACAGCACGUGAGGAGUAAUGUCUCUGGGGGCGGGAGGAGGUCGUCCCACCUGUCCUACUAUUUGUUUCAGGCUGAGUUGAAUAACCAAAUGAGGAGAGGGACUGCGCGCGUGGAGGAAGCCCCCGCCGUUGAAGAAGUGCCCACGGGUGAUGCAGUACCUGUGAAGGAAGAAGUUCCAACAGGGGAGGAAGCACCUACAGGGGAGGAAGCGCCUACAGGGGAGGAAGUUCCUACAGGGGAAGAAGCACCUACAGGAGAAGAAGCACCUACAGGAGAAGAAGCGCCCGCGGAGGAAAAAAUACCGACGGAGGAAGAAGCCCCCAUCGGGGAAGACGCCCCAACAGGUGUGGAAAUUCCCACCGGAGAGGAAGGGCCCCCUGCCGACGCAUCCACCACUGAUGUAUUGACUGCUGAUGCCCCGUCGGCGGAUAAACUGUGGAAGUGCAUCUUCAGCCCACUGGAUUUUUUCCACGCCAGUGACAACAUGAGUGCCUACUUCGAGUACUACAUAAAUAUGAAGAGGAAGAAAAAAGGAGGAGGUCGCCGAGGCAUUUGUACCUUGUCCAUAAAAUUUGCCACCACUAGGAAAGGGCACAACAACGAUUACUACCAUAAUAAAAAGUACCCCAAGCGCAUUAUGGGCGGAACCUACCGAAGCAGUACCUACUACCCCUCUAUGUAUGACAUGAAGAGGAAGCCACCCCUUCUGCCAACGCCUUUAAAUGAAAUGUCCAGUGGCCACUCUCUUAGAGCCACCAGUGGAUAUGCCACGAAAAGUGGAGGAGGCGGGACAAAUAUUGGUAGGGGAUCAGGUGGCAUGAGUAAAGGAGGCCACCUCAUAAACAAGGGAGCUCCUAGCGGUGUAUAUAAGCACACCAUGCAUAGCUCCAAUCACGGAUAUAAUAACCACGCAUCCUAUGGCAGUCACAGCUAUAGUAACAACAAAUACGGGGCUGGAGGGAAUAGCUACGGAGGAGGUGGGAACAGCUACGGUAGUGGAAGUCACUACAACAACAGUUCACAUAGCUACGGAUCCCAUAACAAGUACUACAGAAGUGAUAAAAUGGGUAGAGGCGUUACAACGGAGAGUUAUGAUAACAGGAGGGACGAGAAGAGUCUGAAGUACAACAAGAAUGAUAACCAUAGGUCGAACCGGAACUCGAGUUCCACCUACCACAGUGGUCCCUACGGAAGCGGUGGUGGUGAUGGUCACCAUGAUGGUGGUCAUCAUCGUGGUGGUGGAGGAGAUAGUAGUGUGUCGAGCUUUCACGAGUCGAGCAGAGCAUAUGGUAGUUCCGUGCACCACAGCAGCUACGGAUACAACCGAUCCUCGAGGAACAUGAUGCACAAGUCCAAUGAACGGGGCGAUGCACGAAAUGAUCAUCUGCGUAGUGACCCUCGAAGUGACUAUCUUAGAAGUGAUCCGCGAAACGAUCUUCGAAACGACCUUCGAAACGACCUUCGAAGUGACAUCAAAGGCACCAAGCGAAGGAGAGACGAUUCCUAUGAAACGCGAAGAGGAUUCACAGAAGACAGCCACUCCCACAAACGCUACGAGAAGAGAGGAAGGAACUCCGACUACGAUGUGAAGGACCAUAUGGAUGAACGAAGGAGCGACAACCACCACCGGGCACCCAAGAUGAAUGCGGAGAUGCAGGAUCCCUACGCAUCCACAAAGGAAUCUACCAACAAGUACUACGACGGAAGCAACUACUCCAUGAACAACUCCGACAAGAAUGCGCGCAUGAUGCCGCCUCCACCCCCACGUGUACCCCAGCUAUACGGUAGCCAGACUCAGCAGAAAAUGACGAACUAUUACAAUACGGAUGACUUGCAUAGCGAAAACAGAUCCAACGGAUUGAAUUAUAAUUCGGGAGAGCUAUACAACAAAAAGAGCCUAUACUCACAGAGCAGGAGUUACAGGAAUAACUAG